UUUUAAAGGGCAAUUCUUUCAGAUAUUCAUUUUUAAUUUUUGUCACAAAAAUAGUUCUUAAGAAAUAAAAUUACCAAAAUAACCUUUUUUAUUUUGAAAUUUUUAAUUUUUAAUUUUUUAAAAAUUUGAAGUCAUAUCUCCAAAACUUCACCCCUUAACUAUAAAACUUAAGUCUAAACUAGUUAAACCUAGGAUAAAAUACGUUUUUACUUUUUAAUAAAAUUUAUUUUGGUCAUUUUUUUUAUUAAAAGCUAUUUUGUGACAAAAACUUGAAAAUAACUAUCCUAGAGAAUUUUUCUAUUUUUAAAUAUAUAAAACUAUAAGAUAACAAAAAACAAAUUCUUCUGUAGCCAAUCUGGAUGAACAAUGCCGGUAGCUAGCUGCAAUUGAAUUUGUAUUCUAAUCGUCGUGCCGUUUUCAUCAACAACGUGUCAUUUUCUUUUCCGGUUAGUAUUAAGCAGACUUUCAGACCAAACCUAAACCAACCACGUCUGGCUCAUAUUCUGCCUUCUGGUAUCAACUUCUGCCCCGUUAUAUCUCACCACGUCACAAAACCUGAGUAUUAUUAUGGGACAAACAAUUUUUAUUACGUAUUCAACUGCUGCGUGUCUGAACAUUUUUGAACAUGGCCUCCAUUUUUCUUGGGUAUUGACAAACAAUUGUAUGUUUUAAAUGGUAUAAACUGUUGACUUUAAUUUGUAUACUAAUUUUCUUUCACUUUCAUUAACAAGAUGAAGACACGAGUCUAUGUAUUGGUAGAUAAAAUGUUUUUCAAUGAUUCAGAUGCGUAAACUAAAAUAUUUAAUGAUAAUUAUCACCAGCUGCAUUACUCCAUAAUUGUACAAUUUUUUUUUUAAAAAUAGUAAUAUUUUUCAUCAUCUACGAUUCAUUAUUGUCAAUAAGCACCAACAAGAUCAUAACAUUUCACAUGGUUCAAACAUAAUCAUAAACCUAAUCAAUUAUGGCCGUUGAUCCGACGAAUGAUCGGCGUGACUUCAUUGUCAAGAUCGACGAUGAAGAGAAAGAUCAGUUAAUCAACAAAGGCGAAGGAGGAAAGUUCUCGAGAGAAUCAAGCUACAACUUCUUGAACGGUGACGAGAAAGAGAAGAGCGGUUAUACGACCGGUGGCGAAGACUUAGACGACGGAGAAGGUUUUGACUUCACGCCGCGGAGAAACGAGCCAGUAGAUCCACCGUCAAAGCUCAUAUACCAGUUUCUCAACAAACAAAAAGCUUCAGGAGAUGAAAUCUCACUCGACAUGGAACCGAACAUGCCUGAGCUUCGAACCCACACGAUUUCCCCGUCGCAAGUCACGGCGACGAUGGGUAACCGUAACGAAACUAUUGACGCGGUUAGACGGAGACAUGUUAAAGAUAGUGACGACAGUAGCGAAAGUGAGGAAGAGGACAGAGUUGAUGAGACAGAGGUUGUGAAGUGUAGUUCGAAUAGAACGACCAAGACUUUGAUGAAGACAAAAACAAGAUCAAGAUUGAUGGAUCCUAUAACCCCGGGUCACCCGGAUAUGCAUUCGGGUCGGACUCCAAAGUCCGGGAAUUUGAAACCCGGGUUUGGCGGGAAAACCGCUAAACCUGGAAAUCCAAACCCGGAUUUGGAAGAAGAGGAGGAUCCGUUCUCCGAAGAGGAUUUUCCUGAAGGUUACCAGAAGGAUAAGCUUUCUCUUUGGGUUAUCAUGGAAUGGAUCUUUCUGAUUCUGAUCAUAGCCGGUUUGAUUUGUAGCCUAGUGAUACCUUUCUUGCGCGGCAAGGAACUAUGGAACCUAGCUUUGUGGAAAUGGGAAGUGAUGGUUCUUGUCUUGAUCUGUGGGAGACUGGUGUCGAGUUGGAUAGUGAGGCUACUCGUGUACUUCGUCGAGAGCAACUUCCUUCUGAGAAAGAAGGUUUUGUAUUUCGUUUACGGGAUUCGAAAGGCGGUACAGAACUGUCUCUGGCUAGGGCUUGUGUUGAUCGCGUGGCAUUUCUUGUUCGACAAGAAAGUACAAAGAGAGACUGGUAGCCACGUGCUUAAGUAUGUGAAUAAAGUUUUGGUCUGCUUACUCGUUGCUGUUAUCAUCUGGCUCAUAAAGACCUUACUGGUGAAAGUUCUCGCCUCUUCGUUUCAUAUGAGUACUUACUUCGAUCGGAUUCAUGAGUCUUUGUUUACACAAUACGUUAUUGAGACACUCUCUGGACCUCCUCGUGUGGUUCAUGUAGAAGAGGAGAUGGCUGGAGCUAAGCUCUCUCCUCCAGAUCCGGGUCCAAAAGUGACCAUUGGAAGUGCAAGGCUGAAGAAGAGUCCAACCAUAAUUGGUAAGAGUCAAGUACUGUCGAGGAGUGGUUCCAAGAAAGAAAGAGAGGACGAAGGGAUAAGGAUCGAUCAUUUGCAGAGGAUGAACACUAAGAACGUAUCUGCUUGGAAAAUGAAGAGACUGAUGAAUGUAAUAAGGAAGGGAGCACUUUCUACUUUGGAUGAACAGAUACAAGACACAUCAACUCAUAAAGAUGACAAAGCUACACAGAUUCAAAGUGAAAACGAAGCAAAACAGGCAGCAAGGAAGAUUUUCCAGAAUGUUGCUAUGCCUGGUUCCAGGUACAUAUAUAUGGAAGAUUUCAUGCGUUUUCUGACUGAAGAUGAGUCUGAAAGAGCUAUGAAUCUCUUUGAAGAAGCUUCUGAGAGUCACAGAAUCAGCAAAUCUUGUCUCAAGAAUUGGGUGGUUAAUGCCUUUAGAGAACGAAGAGCACUAGCUUUAACCUUAAACGACACAAAAACAGCUGUGAACAGGCUUCACCGAAUCAUCAAUAUUUUGAUCAGCAUUGUGAUCAUAAUCAUUUGGCUUCUCAUUCUCGGAAUCGCUACAACUAAGUUCUUGCUUGUCAUAAGCUCUCAGCUUCUUCUUGUAGUCUUUGUGUUUGGAAACUCAUGCAAGAACUUGUUCGAAGCUGUCAUCUUCGUCUUUGUCAAUCAUCCAUUUGAUGUCGGUGACAGGUGUGAAAUAGACGGUGUUCAGAUGGUUGUGGAAGAGAUGAACAUUUUGACUACUGUGUUUCUUAGAUUUGAUAAUCAGAAGAUUGUAUACCCCAAUAGUCUUCUCGGCAACAAACCUAUAGCUAAUUAUUACCGUAGUCCUGAUAUGCAAGAAAUCGUUGACUUCUUCGUCCAUAUAGCAACUCCAACUGAGAAGAUAACCGCCUUGAAACAGAGGAUACUCAGCUAUGUAGAUAACAAGAAGGAUCUUUGGUAUCCAUCGCCGAGGAUUGCAUUUAGAGAAAUGUGCGGACUGAGCAGUAUGAAAAUCACGAUAUGGGCAACUCAUAAGAUGAACCAUCAUAACAUGGGAGAGAGAUUUGUGAGGAGAGGUCAAUUACUUGAAGAGAUUGGUAAAUCUUGCAGAGAAACGGAUAUCGAAUAUCGGUUAUAUCCUCUUAAUAUCAACGUCAAAAGCCUUCCUCCUGCUGCUGCUCCGAUCAUUUCGGAUCGCAUGCCUAUGAGCUGGAACAACCAACAACGCAAUGCUUAAAGAUUGCAAGUUUUUGA